AUGGCAUCCAUUGAAGAAACCAAAACUCAUAAUAAUAAUAAUAAGAGAACUACCCAAGGAAGACAAAAGAUCGAAAUUAAGAAAUUAGAAAAGAAGAGUAACAAACAAGUUACCUUCUCCAAACGACGCUCUGGUCUGUUCAAGAAAGCCGCCGAGCUCAGUGUCCUUUGUGGGUCGGAGGUAGCCGUCAUUGUCUUCUCUCCCAACGGCAAACUCUUCACCUUUGGCAACCCAUCUGUGGACGACGUCGUAAGCUCAUAUCUCAAUAAUGGAGCCGUAGCAGUACCGAGUAGUAGUAGUGGUAAUGGUAAUAGUACUAGUAAUUUGGUGAAUGCCAUGAUUGAGUUGGAAGAGGCUGAGAAGAAGAAAAAACAAGUGGUGAGACAAGCAACAUUGGGCUCAAUUUUAGAGAAUAAUAAUAAUAUUAAUGCGUGGUUGGAGAAACCUGUGGAGGAGAUGGGGUAUGAAGAGUGUGAUCAUCAAUUGACUAAGUUGAUUAGCCUUCGGAAUAAGAUCUCCGAAGCCAGUUCUAGUAAGGAUUUUGAUGUUCCAAUGACGAAGACGACGCCGUUUUGUGGAUUGGGUUUGAAUUUUUAAUUUUCUUCUUCUUAUUAUGGAUGGUUUCCUAGAUCAGUUACUAGUUCUUUGUGUAUAAAAUAAACUAUUAGUAUAUAAAUCUUUGAUUUUUUGAUCGUUAGUUUUCAUAGACACACUAGAAUAGACCAAUUCAUUUGCUUAUUGCAUUGAAUAUUAGUAUACUUACCAAAAUCAAGUUACAACUAGCUAGCUAGCCUUAUUGACAGGAUGUGCUUUAAUCUUUCGUUUUGCUUUCUUAUUUCGUUUGUUUGUUCACAUAUUGAUUAUUACUAUUGAGAAACCUUUUCUUGAGAAAAUUGGUUUGGUUAACUUUUAUUUGAUUUUUCAUUAAAUGAUGAUUUUGUUGAUGCAAUCUCAAUAGGGUGGAUCGGCAAGCCUAGUGAAAAUUCCAUAUUGCACUCUAUUGCCAAAAAUUAAGUAAUUUUUCAAAACCAAUAAUUAAUUAGUUUUCGAGUAAUUUCUAACCGUGUAACAUUUAAACCAAAACAGAAAUGUUUUUGUGUGAUUUGACCUGUUAGAAGUUAGACUUCAAACUUUUCCAGCAAAAAACACAAUAUAACAAUUUUAAUGUGUGAUGCAAACUAUAAUAUGAUGUUUUUGAAAACAUCAUCUUGUUCAAUGUUAUUCCAUGACAUGACAGUUUAGAUACAGGAAGAAAGAAAAAACUAUUUGUUACACAAUGUUAGCGGGUGAUUUAUGUAUUUUCUCAUUUCAACAUUUAUUUCUCUUUCCUUUUUUAUUUUCUUUGCAAUUAACAUUAAUGAGCCACAAAGUAGAGUAUUUUAUAUGCAGCCAACUCAUCAUAUAUAUUAUAUGGCUCUUUUUUUUUUU